AUGGGAUUUGACUCUAAAUACGUCUUCAUCAACUUUCCUCAGAAUAGUUUGAAUUGGCAGAGUCUUCCGGUGGUGACGAAGCUACUCACUAUUGCAUAUGUUGCAUUUACUUCUGUACUAUGGAUAGUGAGACGCAGGGUGCCUCUCGAGGAAGGACAAGAUUUCAUUGGGGUUACAUGCCCAAUAUUACAGUUGGUGCCAAGCCAGGUGUUGCGGUAUCCUAUCUCCAUUGUUACCUCUAAUCUUAUAGAUAUUGAGCUUUGGAAGUUUGUUGUUGAUUUGAUUAAUCUUGUAUUGGGUGGUGCGUAUAUUGAGCAGUGUUGGAACAGCCAAAGGGAGAUGUUGGUGUAUACGCUUGUUAUUGGAUCAAUUACGAAUGUGAUACUGUUAAUUGUAACUUACUUCCUUUCGUUUUUGAGUAGCUCUAUUCGACUCGGGUGGCCGCUAGACGGAAACUACACUAUGUUGAUUGGUUUUUCCAUUGUGUUCAAGCAGUUGAUUCCAGAAACGACAAUAUUCCGUAUUAAAGAUGUGCCUCUGUUUUCCAAGAAUUUUAGAUUUAAGAUGUUGCCAAUUUUCAUAAUGACAGUUUUAACGGUUGUGCAGUUCUGGUACCAAAGUUAUACUCAUCUUAUAUCCCUGUGGACUACUUUUUUCAUUUGCUGGGCGUACCUUAGGUACUAUCAAGUACUUCCCUCAUCUCUCGAGGGACAUACGACUGGUGAAUUGGUGGCAGGAGAUGCAUCAGACACAUUCCAAUUGGUUUAUUUCUUUCCGGACUUAAUAAAACCAUUAGUAAGGCCGAUAUUCAACAAAUGUUACGAUCUUGGUCUGCAUCGCUUUUUAUGGCGCAGACAUGCCGAUAAUGACCUUGAAGAAGGAAGUUCAAUGGUUGGGUCGAGCAAGUCUGACCCACUUAAAGUGGAAGGGAGAAGGAAACAGCUGGCAUUGAAGGUCUUAGAACAGCGUCUGGGUGGUGAAGCAAUUGAACUUCAAACUCGAAGUUAA